CGGCGUAUUAUAAUGGAAGAAAUAAAGCCUCCUCUCUCCUCCAUCGCCAUCGAUGGUUGAAACUAGCUCAACCAUACAACCUGCUCCAUCGCCUCUUCUUGGUGAAUUGCUGGUCUUCGUCUUCGUCUAUCACCAGCUAGCUGUGGCGAUAUGCUGAACGGAGUUGUGCUUUCCCUCAGGCGGAAGACGCCAGUGACCUCCGCGAAGCACGCGGGGACGCCCAACAUCCGGCGAGGGGGCAACUUGCAUGUCCUUCUUGUGGUCGGGAUGCUCGCCGUCUUCGCCUUGGUCAUGUAUGGUGAGGACGUCAGUACCCUUGCCGACCACCCCGUCGCCCGGCGGAGGACGGAGGAGUACUUCUCGCCGGACGAGGUGUCCCCUGGUCGGUUUGUUACGACCCGGCUGAGUCACCGCGGCGACGGUGAGGCGGAGGGGGAGAAGAGGGGAAAUGAGAGCGAGGAGGCGGUGGUGGCUGUGCAGGAACUGCCCAUCACGGUCGACGGGGCGGCGGCCAAUGGAGAAGUGAAUGCGACCACGUCAGUUCAAGAAACGGCCGACGACGAGGCGGCCUCCGAAGUUCCCAACGUGCCAGUGGUCGGCGUGCCGGAGACGUGUGAUCUGACUACCGGCGAGUGGGUGUACGACGACGUGAACUACCCUCUGUACCGGGAGGAGCAGUGCGAGUUCGUGUCGACGCAGAUGGCGUGCUUGAAGAACGGGAGGAAGGAGGACGCCUACCAGAAGUGGCGGUGGCAGCCCAAAGACUGCUCCUUGCCAAGGUUCGACGCCAAACUGCUGCUGGAGCGGCUGCGCGGCAAGCGGCUGAUGUUCGUCGGCGACUCUCUGAACCGGAACCAGUGGGAGUCGAUGGUGUGCAUGGUGCAGUCGGCGAUCCCGCCGGGGAAGAAGGGGCUCCAACGGGACGGCUCUCGUAUAAUCUUCAUCGCGGAGGAAUACAACGCGACGGUGGAAUUCUACUGGGCGCCGUUCCUGGUGGAGUCGAACUCCGACGACCCGCGCAUCCACAGCAUCCGCGAUCGGAUCAUAAGGCCGGAGGCGAUCGAGAAGCACGCGGCGCACUGGAAGGGAGUCGACUACCUCGUCUUCAACACCUACAUUUGGUGGAUGAAUGCGGAGGCGAUGAAAGUCCGGAAGAGCUCGGCGACGAACUGGACGGAGUACGAAGAGGUGGCGAGGCCACGAGCGUACGAGAGAGUUCUCCAAACGUGGUCCCGUUGGCUGGACGACAACGUGGACCCUUCUCGUACCGUCGUGUUCUUCAUGAGCAUGUCUCCUCUCCAUUUCAGGGGAUCUGACUGGGGGAGCACUGAGGGGGUCAAGUGCGCCAGGGAGACGACGCCGCUGAGGAACAUGACCGGAAUAUUCCUGGGAACGGACAUGGGGAUGUUCGAGCAGGCGAAGAGGGCGGCGCAGUCGGCGGAGCGGGUGCCUGUCGCCUUCGUUGACAUCACGACCAUGUCGGAGUUCCGGAAGGACGCACACACGUCCGUGUACACGACGCGCCAGGGAGCGGUGAUGACGCCGGAGCAGCAGGCCAACCCCGCCGUCUACGCCGACUGCAUCCACUGGUGCGUGCCGGGCCUCCCCGACGUGUGGAAUCAGAUAAUGUAUGCCAGGAUCACCUCGGCUGCCGCCACCGCCGGCGGCGCUUCCGCCCAGCGACGGUGAGGGAGGCAGUUGAAUUAUAAAUAGCUUGGACUAUUCUUUAUUUUUAUAAUCAAGUAUUUGGUGUCUGACACGUUGCGUGUCAUGGACUUUCCUGGUUAAUUGUAUCAUAUUAUUUUCA